CUGACGCAGACACACAUUCACGCACUCACAAGUUUGAAAGCAAAGCCUCUCAGAGCUCAACUCCAGCAGCCCGUUAUUGAGCAACACAGCGGUCACUUUCUUUCGGAAAUCUAUAACACAGCUCUUCCAGACGGUCGUCUUGCUAUGAGGACUUGAAGGAGGCGAUAAGCGCGCUGUCCUGUCCGGGUUAUUUGGGAGUAAUCGACUGAGCGCAGAGUUUUUGGCGAGGCGAAAUACCGACAUCUGAGAGGGGCAGAAGAAUGUCGCGGGACCCGGAGGAGGUGAACAAACUGACCGAGAGCACUUACAAGAAUGUUAUGGAACAAUUCAACCCGGGGUUGCGCAACCUCAUAAACCUGGGAAAGAGCUACGAGAAAGCAGUUUCAGCCAUGGUUCUGGCUGGGAAGCAGUACUUUGAUGCUGUGUCUAAGAUCGGGGAGAACGCAGCCGUAUCUCCAGUGUCCAGGGAACUGGGGGUCGUCUUGAUGGAGAUCUCAGACGUCCAUCGGAAAGUCAACAUAGAGCUGGAGGAGAACUUCAAACGGUUUCACCGGGACAUUAUUGCAGAGUUGGAGAGGAAGACAGACAUGGAUGUGAAAUACAUGACGGCCACGUUUAAGAGGUAUCAGACUGAACACAAGAUGAAGCAGGACUCACUGGAGAGAUCGCAGUCAGACCUGAAAAAACUCAGAAGGAAAAGCCAAGGAAAGAACGCUUCGAAGUAUGAGAGUAAAGAGAACGAGUGUCUUGAGACUCUCACUCACCGUCAGAUGGACAUGCAGAAGUUCAUCGCUGACGGCUGCCGGGAGGCUCUUCUGGAGGAAAAGAGGCGCUUCUGCUUCCUGGUGGACAAGCACUGCACCUUCUCCUUCCAGAUCUCUGCUUUCCAUGAAAAGGCUCGAGAGCUUGUGACGGAGAGCCUGACCACCUGGCAGGACAAAUGCGGUGAUGCUACCAAUGUCCCCGAUAGUGUGUUGUCCAUGAUUGAAGGUCUACGCACUCCAGUGUCCAACACUCCACAGGCAUCUCCAGCCUUCCAGCGCCACAACAAGUUCAACUCAGACGCAGUGAUUCCAGCACCUCCAGCACCACCUCAGACCAGUCCCCUGGCCAACAUGUUCAAUCAAGAGCCCUCCAGGAGAGAGGAGAGAGAGCCUGAAUACAGCAAUGAAGACAGUGGAUUGUCUAGGUCUGUGUCGAUGGCCACUGGCCUCAAUCACAUAGACAAACGACCCAAAGUGCGCACCAUUUUCCCCCACAAGUCUGGAAACAACAGCACGCUGCUGAGCUUUGAAGAAGGAGACAUUAUCACACUGCUGAUUCCUGACGAGAGGGACGGCUGGAUGUACGGAGAGCUGCAGAAAAACAGACAGCGGGGCUGGUUUCCAUCAUCUUACUGUCGCGCAUACACAGAGCUACCGGUAAAUAACAGUAUUGCCGGAAACCCUCCGAUGCGCAGUAAGAGCGUGGCAAACCUCAUGCAGAAGGACCCAGAGGAAGACAUGAUGGUUCUGCCUCCAGCAGACUACAACGAUUCGCCCGUCAGGAGAAACUCCACCAAGAGUUUGUCACAGACGUACUCCUCUACAUAUGAAACCCCGAUGCCUCAGUCAAACGGGCUGCCAAAGCAUCCUAUCCUAGGGGGAGGGAAUCCAUUUGCUACAGUCAAACUUCGGCCCACAGUCACCAAUGACAGAUCAGCCCCCAUCAUCUGAACACCACAGAGACCCACCACCAAGGAUGCUGGGAUUAUUCACAGGAACACUCUUAUGCACACAGACACCACAUACUGUACAACCACUAUUCAUGUCAGUCCCCUUUAUCCCAUUUAUACCUCCAUCUCUCUCUCUCUCUGUAUGUUUUGUGUAUAUAGAUAUAUAUAUAUAUAUAGUGAGAGAGAGGGAAUUCAUGUAUGUGCAUUUAGUCGUAAGGAUCAGCAGUCAGAUUUUUAAUUUUCAGAGUAUCAUUCUGUAAAUACAUGAGAGAAGAUGAGUGUGAUCUUAAGUUUUUUUUAAAUCAUUGUCAAGAUAUUUUCUAACAUGUACACUAGAUGGGAACCUGCAUUAGCAGAGGAGUCCUGAUGAUAGUGAUGUGAACCGAAACACUGAUGAAAAAUACUUACUGUAGAUGCUGUCUGAACUGGUCACUAGCCCUUAAAACACUUGACCUGGUAACUAGUGGAACGAGCUGAGCGUGAAGUGAUCGAAGCGUUAUGGUGUCAGUGAAGUUCAAAGAUUGGAAGGCAGAGCCAUGUAAGCAUGUUUACCAGAGUUAGCUGGCUAACUCGCUCAGCUGGCCUUCAGGAACACAGUCGAGUCGUCCAGUGUGCAGGCAACACCAUCGUCUACAGAAGUGCUUUUAGCUAAUUUUGUCUUUUAGAUCCUCAAUGCUUUUAGAAGGGAGCUUUGCUUUUAUCGGCGUAUUGUCGACACUGAAUAAUGAUCCAUUGUCGGUCAGUGGAUAGUGAUUUUAUUUAUCUUCUGCUUGGGGGAAACUAUUCAUUUGGCUUUGAUUGUAUCAAUGCACUUUUCUGUUGAUGUUGGCCUGAGAUCUUGUAGAUCACUGCUGUAUGAAAAUAAAAUAUUUUGUUUCUAA